GUCGCACAACCGCUUUUUCCAAUUUGGACGAGUUUUCCCCGUGAUUUCGCUGAUUUCACACUGUACACAAAUUCUGCCGCUUUGUCUUUUGCCACUCAGUGGGCGUAACCGCAGUCACUUACGCCGAAGGUGACGUCACGUGCACGAGUCACUUGAUCAUGUAUUUCCGGUCAGCUGAUGAUGUGUCAUCGUUGUUUGCAAACAGCAUUCAUGCACGCGUCGUUCACUGAUACCGUCCACCGCCGCUGUCAUGGAAGAAAACGAUGAAAGCGAAAUAAUCGAGCACCACGAUGACGAGGAAAUGGAGAAAAGAAGAAAUCACGCGCAUUCGUUUCUGGAGAGCGUGACGUCGUCGGAGAAAGACGGCCACAGUAGCACGCAGUCAUCACACCGCUUGCUCGCCUAUAGUGAUGCUCUCAUAGCCAUCAUCGCCACUGUAAUGAUUUUACCUGUGGCACAUACAAAAUUUCAAAAUAAUGAGGAACUGAAAGAGAGUAUUCAGUCUUUGCUCACCACCAAGGUUUCUGUCUACUUGAUGACCUUCUUGAUCGUCACUGUUGCUUGGGCUGCACAUGUAAGGUUGUUUCAGGUCAUUUCGCACACUGACGAUACUCUUGCAUUGCUAAACCUGGCUUGUAUGAUGCUCAUAACCUUCCUGCCAUACACUUUCUCUCUUAUGGCAACUUUUCCUGAUAAUGUCGUCGGCAUGGUUUUCUUCUGUGCUUGUGUCAUCGUGAUUGGUUUAAUUCAGUCCUCGAUUGUCUUGUACGGAUUUCGCCAUCCUUUUCUUCUGAACGAUCACAUCCAGAUGUCAGAGAAUCCGGCUUAUUACAAGCAGCACAUUCUCAAAGUCAUCAUGAAGGUUCCCAUCAUGUGCAUUUUUGCCAUCAUCUUUUCAUUCAUCUUUUUCCAACUGUCAUAUGUCAUUCUGGCUAUUGUAAUAUUCCUGCCAUACAUCUCUCAGUCUCUGAAGUGGAUCCGGAAUAAAGCCAUUGGAGGUCAGGUGGAAGAUGAUGCGGAUCAUGUGCUUUUCUACACCUACCACCCCAGCGAACCCUUAAGUAAAGAACGAGUCGAGGCAUUCACUGAUGGAGUUUAUGCUAUUGUUGCCACCCUACUCAUCUUAGACAUUUGUGAAGACAACGUGCCUAAUCCAUCUGUUGUGAAUAAGGAUUUUAACGGCAGCUUGAUUGCUGCACUUCAGGACUACGGCCCCGAGUACCUUGCCUACUUCGGUUCCUUCGCCACGGUCGGGCUGCUUUGGUUCGUCCACCACUCUCUCUUUCUGUAUGUGACAAAGGCCACGCGCCUCAUGGGCCUCUUCAACACCUUCUCCCUGGCCUUUGUGGGCGGCCUGCCGCUCGCAUACCAGCUCACCAACGAGUUUCCCAGAGGCUCACGCAACGAACUCGAGGCCGUGCAGAUCAGCUGCGUCAUCAUCUUCUUUGCUGGCCUUUUCCAGUUGGCCAUAUGGAUAGUGGCGCUUUUCAACGAGCGCGAGACGUUACACCCGUACGUGAGGUACGGGGGGCAAGAGCACACCUUCAUGCUGGCCAAGCUCUCUCUUUACCCUUGUGUGGCACUUGGGACCUUUCUUCUCACUUGUGUGCUUAGUCAAUUCAGUGCCCCCAUCUUUCACAUAAUGGAGAUAGGCGUGCCUUUCGCCUUUCUUUUAUUAAGGCUGCUGGUACGUGUGGCCCUGACGCUGCUGAAGUGGCUCUUCGGUUUAGUGAGACCUGAUGUGGACAGAAUUCUAGUAGUGGAAGAUGAUCCACAGCUGCCUAUUAAUGAUAUAGUAGCUUAGUAGCUGCAGCGAAUGAAAGGAGAAGGGUCUUAGAUCAGGCUUGUCCACUGUUGCGAUAAUUUUGAAGCUUAGGCUCGCUACCUGCUCCCAACUGACCCAGCUGUGUACUGUAUAAUAUUGUCAUGUCCUCUAAUCGUUUUGUAUAAUAGACUAUGGAAAGGAUUAGGUGAGUGAGAGCUCAUUGUGUUUAUUGAUCUCAGGACAGCGGUGGUCUAGAGGGUUGAAGAGAAACCAUAUUUCUAAUGGAAAUGCACAAAGCCAUCAAUAUGGUUCGGUUUUAGCCUCAUGUUGUUUUAAAGGUCCAGUGUGGGUUUUUAGAAGGCAUCUAGCGAGAUUGCAACCAACAAAACCUACAGUAGAUAAUGUAGAGACGAAACGCACCCUAUAAAACAGUUUGUCCACUUAGGGCUACUGUUGAAACAUGACUGCGACUUCCAUGUAAAGGAACCAUGCGGUAUGUAGAUAAAACCAUAGAUAUACAUAAUGAAGGCUAGAUGUCUCUAAUGUCAUCAACGGUGACCAUCUUGUCACAGGCAAGCUUUCCGGUGUGCUCUGUGGUACCUGAUGUAAGGUGAGUGAUCUGCACAUGUAUUCACAAGUACUCUUAUCUCGCUGAAAUCUUGACGGAUUUACAAAUGGUUUGGUUUCUUACAAACGUUAUUAAAGGAAUAUUCCAUUUUCUUAAAAGAAAAAUCCAGAUAAUUUACUCACCACCAUGUCAUCCAAAAUGUUGAUGUCUUUCUUUGUUCAGUCGAGAAGAAAUUAUGUUUUUUGAGGAAAACAUUGCAGGAUUUUCUCAUUUUAAUGGACUUUAAUAGAGCCCAGCAUUUAAUACUUAACUCAAGGCUUAACAGUUUUUUUCAACGGAGUUUCAAAGGACUAUAAACGAUCCCAAACGAGGCAUAAGGGUUUUAUCUAGCAAUACGAUUGUCAUUUUUGACAAGAAAAAUAAAAAAUAUGCUCUUUUAAACCACAACUUUUCGUUAAUUCGUAGUGACGUAGGGGAGGUCAUGUGUUACAUAUAUGAAACGCACAUUUGCGGACCAUUGUAAACAAUACACUGACACAAAGACAUUAAUUAGUAUCAUUCGACAUACAACAACGUAGGAAUGGUCCUCUUUCAACACACUUGUAAACACUGGGGCGGAGUUUCGCGUUCGUCCUCUUUGACCUCUUGACGUCAUGACGUAUUGCGUGGGGUCACGCUGGCGCAUCACAACCAGAUCUAGACGAAAAGUUGUGGUUUUAAAGUGGAUAUUUUUUAUUUUUCUUGUCAAAAAUGACAAUCGUUUC